UGUACUGUCUUUGCCCAUACGGUCACGGCAUCCAUCAAUCGUUUCUGUCGGUUUAACCAAGUUCCCUUUGUUUGCGGACGUGAUGGACUCUAGCUGCGUUUAAAACCAGAACAGAUGUGACUAAUUGUUUGUUUCUUUCCGAGUGUUUUUAUUUUUUUAGUAGGUUGGAUGCUCAGUCAAGACAAGAUGAACAAGAGAGAGGAUGCAUAGUCCCUGAGAUUUUUUUGUGGUCCACUUGUAAAAUAACCAACCUGUUAUCUGUCUAUGUUGGCCUUUUGUUGCACUCGAGGACUGGAGUCCACAACCGUCGCUCUUUGAAAGUAAUGAUCUCACGAUACAAACUGGAUGUGAAAGAGAAGAACUACCAGAGCGGAGGUCACGUUCUAACUCAUCGAGACCUGCCGCUGGAAAUACAUCAGUGUCCUACAAAAGAAACAACAUGCUCUGAGAGAUUCUCUCUCCUUUUUUUCUUGUUGUCCUCCUCCUCCUCUUUUUCCCCUUUUUUCCUUUCCUGUGGUGAGUUUCCCCCCCGUAGAGUCCCGGUUCCAACAUGUCCUUGGCGUUCUGUGGGAACGAGAACAACUCGUUGGCGUACAACGUGGACAGCGGCGUUCUCAACAACGGCUGCUUCCUGGACGCGCUCAACGUGGUGCCGCACAUCUUCCUGCUCUUCAUUACCUUCCCCAUCCUCUUCAUCGGCUGGGGCAGCCAGAGCUCCAAGGUGCACAUCCACCACAGCACCUGGCUGCACUUCCCUGGUCACAACCUGCGCUGGCUCCUCACCUUCGUCCUCCUCUUCGUCCUGGUCUGUGAGAUCGCAGAGGGCGUCGUCUCCGAUGGGUUCACCCAGUCCCUUCACCUGCACCUGUACAUGCCUGCAGGCCUGGCCUUCAUGGCGGGGAUCACCUCCAUCAUCUACUACCACAACAUCGAGACCUCCAACUUCCCCAAGCUACUGCUAGCCCUACUGUUCUACUGGGUCUUGGCCUUUCUGAUGAAAACCAUCAAGUUUGCCAAGUACACUGAGCACGGCAUCGGCCUGAGACAACUCCGCUACGGCAUCACAGGACUCCUGGCCCUGAUCUACGGACUACUACUGGCUGUGGAAAUCAACGUCAUACUGGGCAGGCGCUACCUGUGUUUCACUGAAGCUACAGAGGUGAAACCCCCAGAGGACCUGCAGGAUCUGGGGGUGAGGUUCCUGCAGCCCUUUGUCAACCUGCUGUCCAAGGCCACUUACUGGUGGAUGAACACCUUCAUCACAGCAGCCCACCGCCGCCCCAUCGACCUCAAGGUCAUCGGCAAGCUGCCCAUCGCCAUGCGAGCCCUCACCAACUAUCUGAAGCUCCGCAAGGCUUUCGAGAGUCAGAGGAGGCCUCUGGGCUCCAUGCCACAGGACCCUAAGUGGAUCUGGAGGGCCCUAUGCCAGGCGUUUGGACGUCCCCUCAUCAUCAGCAUCACCUUUCGCUUCCUGGCUGACCUGCUGGGCUUCGCUGGGCCUCUCUGUAUCUCUGGCAUCGUCCACCACAUCAGCAAGGAGAAUCGCACCAUACAGCCCCCGAUAAAGCUGCUGGGGGUCUACUUUAUCUCCUCUCAAGAGUUCUUGGCGAAUGCAUACGUGCUGGCCGUGCUGCUGUUCUUUGCCCUGAUCCUGCAGAGAACCUUCCUCCAGGCCUCGUAUUAUGUGGCCAUCGAGACGGGCAUCAACUUACGAGGGGCUAUACAGACUAAGAUCUACAACAAGAUCAUGCGGCUGUGCACCUCCAAUAUGUCCAUGGGAGAACUGACAGUGGGGCAGAUCUGCAACCUGGUAGCCAUAGAUACCAACCAGCUCAUGUGGUUCUUCUUCCUCUGUCCCAACCUGUGGGCCAUGCCAGUCCAGAUCAUUGUGGGGGUUAUUAUGCUCUACUACCUCCUGGGGAUCAGUGCUUUGAUUGGGGCCACAGUCAUUGCUGUUCUGGCCCCUGUCCAGUACUUUGUGGCCACCAAGCUGUCCCAAGCACAGAAGAGCACCCUGGAGUACUCCAGUGAGCGGUUAAAGAAGACUAAUGAGCUGCUGCGGGGCAUCAAGCUGCUGAAACUGUACGCCUGGGAACACAUCUUCUGUCACAGUGUGGAGGACACCAGAGGCAAGGAGCUCACCAGCCUGCAGGCCUUCGCCCUGUACACAUCCAUAUCUAUAUUCAUGAAUGCAGCCAUCCCUAUCGCUGCUGUCCUGACUACGUUUGUGGUCCAUGUGCACAUCUCUGAGGAGGCUGACCUGUCACCUGCUGUGGCCUUCGCGUCCUUAUCCCUGUUUCACAUCCUGGUCACUCCUCUCUUCCUGCUCUCCAGCGUGGUGCGAUCCACAGUCAAGGCCCUGGUCAGUGCCCAGAAGCUGAGUGAGUUCUUCAGUAGUGAUGAGAUUGGAGACGAGCAGGAGCCCAACGCUACCAUGCCCGCUGGCCCCAGCAACCACAACAGCAAGUACCAGGCUGUGCCCCUGAAGGUGGUGAACAGGAAGAGGCCCCCCAGGGAAGACUGCUGGAACAACUACAGCCAGAAGGGAGGCGACCCGCCCCCCCAGGAGAGGGACCAAGACCUCUGCUUCAGGAUAACCAGCGGAUAUUUCACCUGGACAGACGGCCCUCCCACCCUGUCUAACGUAGACAUCAAGGUUCCCUUCGGUCAGCUGACUAUGAUCGUGGGCCAGGUGGGUUGUGGGAAGUCGUCCCUGCUGCUUGCAGCUCUGGGAGAGAUGCAGAAAGUCUCUGGGACUGUCACCUGGAACAGUUUGCCCAACCUGGACUCUGAAGGCGAUGAGAGGUAUGUGUCUGAAGGAGACGAGAGCCCCACAUCAGACAAGGAUGCAGCUGGUGAUGGGGAUAUUCAGAAGAGAGGCUCUGUGGCUUAUGCUUCCCAGAAGCCCUGGCUGCUCAACGCGACGCUGGUGGAGAACAUCACCUUUGAGAUGCCCAUGAUCAAACCCAGGUACAAGGCUGUCAUCGAGGCGUGUUCCCUGCAGCCGGAUAUCGACAUCCUGCCACAGGGAGACCAGACGGAGAUCGGAGAGAGGGGUAUAGUUCUAUCUGGAGGGCAGCGCCAGCGUAUAGGUGUGGCCAGAGCCCUGUACCAACAGGCCAACGUGGUCUUCCUGGAUGACCCGUUCUCAGCGCUGGACAUUCACCUGAGUGACCACCUGAUGCAGGAGGGCAUCCUCAAACUGCUGAGAGAAGAGAAGAGGACUGUGGUGCUGGUCACUCACAAGCUACAGUAUCUACCCCACGCUGACUGGAUCGUAGCGAUGAAGAACGGGACCACUCAAACCGAGGGGACUCUGAAAGACAUCCAGAACUCUGAACCGGAGCUGUUUGAACAGUGGAAGACCCUGAUGCACCGGCAGGACGGAGAGUUUGAGAAGGAGACAGUGCCUGAGAGUAUGACGGUGUUGGAGCGCAAGAACCUGCGGAGAGCCAUGUACUCCAAAGAGGCCGCCAAGACUGAGGAGGAGGACAAAGAAGAGUCUGUGGACAGUGACGAGGAUGACAAUCUGUCCCAGGCCAUGCGUCACCGCACCACCAUCCCCUGGCACUCCUGUGGGGUCUACCUGUCCUCUGCAGGGCUCCUCCUCCUGCUACUGCUCCUCCUAUCACAGCUCUUUAAACACUCCCUCAUGGUUGCCAUCGACUACUGGCUGGCCCACUGGACGUCCCGCGUCAUCAAUGCCAAGAUGGAAGCCACCGGGAGGAACUGCACUGCCGCUCAGGAGUGUGUGUUCAGCCACUCAUGGUACCUGUCGGUGUUCAGUGUGUUGUGCUGUCUGGGCAUCAUUCUGUGUCUGGUCACCUCUGUGGCCGUUGAGUGGACAGGCCUGAGAGUGGCCAAAGAACUACACCACAACCUGCUCAGCAAGAUCAUACUGGCCCCUAUGAGGCUGUUUGAGACCACUCCCCUGGGCAGCAUCCUCAACAGGUUCUCCUCUGACACCAACACCAUAGACCAGCACAUCCCUGCCACCCUGGAGUGUCUGAGUCGCUCCACCCUGCUGUGUGUGUCGGCCCUGGGGGUCAUCUCCUACGUGACCCCUGUGUUCCUCAUUGCUCUGGUGCCUCUGGCCAUCGCCUGCUACUUCAUACAGAAGUACUUCCGGGUCGCUUCUAGGGACCUCCAGCAGUUGGAGGAUAGUACCCAGCUCCCUCUCCUGUCCCACUUCUCAGAGACAGUGGAGGGCCUCACCACCAUCCGGGCCUUCAAGUAUGAGCCCAAGUUCAGACAGAGGUUACUGGAGUUCACUGAUGCCAACAACAUCGCCUCCCUCUUUCUCACAGCAGCCAAUCGCUGGCUAGAGGUCCGCAUGGAGUACAUAGGUGCCUGUGUGGUUCUGAUAGCAGCUGUGGCCUCCAUCUCUAACUCUCUGUAUAACCACCUCUCCACUGGCCUGGUAGGACUAGGACUCACCUAUGCACUCAUGGUGUCCAACUACCUGAACUGGAUGGUUCGUAACCUGGCAGACAUGGAGGUUCAGCUGGGUUCAGUCAAGAGAAUCAAUGGUCUGCUACAGACUGAGCCUGAGAACUAUGAAGGACUGCUCACUGCAUCUCAGGUGCCAGAUGGCUGGCCACAGCAGGGGGAGAUUCAGAUUGAGAACCUGAGUGUGCGUUACGACACCACCCUGAAGCCUGUCCUCAAACAAGUCAACGCACACAUCAGCCCUGGGCAGAAGGUGGGGAUCUGUGGCAGGACAGGAAGUGGGAAGUCUUCCUUCUCCCUGGCCUUCUUUCGCAUGGUCGACAUGUUCGAGGGGCGUAUCAUCAUAGAUGACAUUGACAUCGCCAAGCUGCCUCUGCAGACCCUGAGGUCUCGAUUCUCCAUCAUCCUCCAGGACCCCAUCUUAUUCAGCGGAACCAUCCGGUUUAACCUGGACCCAGAGAUGAAGGCUACUGAUGACAUGCUGUGGGAGGCUCUGGACAUCGCUCAGCUAAAACCUGUAGUCAAGACCCUACCAGGAGGACUGGACGCCACAGUGACAGAGGGAGGGGAGAACUUCAGCCAGGGCCAGAGACAGCUCUUCUGUCUGGCCAGAGCCUUCGUCAGGAAGUCUAGCAUCCUCAUCAUGGACGAAGCCACAGCCUCUAUAGACAUGGCCACGGAAAGCAUCUUACAGAAGGUGGUGAUGACUGCCUUCGCUGAUAGAACAGUGGUUACUAUAGCACAUCGUGUCCACACCAUCCUGAAAGCAGACCUGGUGAUCGUGAUGAAGCGAGGGCUCAUUCUAGAAUACGACAGACCCCAGGCGCUGCUGGAGAAAGAGGACAGUGUCUUCGCCUCCUUCGUCAAGGCGGACAAGUGACCGAUGAGAAAGAGGGGAGGACAUUCCAAAGUGCAAUUGUACCAUGGGCUAUAUAUUAUAAUUUUAUUUUCUAAUUCUGUAUGAUAUUCGUAACAUUAAAUAUGAAUUCUUUGUUAAUAAAAAAAACAAACAUAAAUACUUAUUGUGCAGCAGUGUUUUGCAUACAGUUUAGUGACAGGAAGGUAGAUUUGUGUGACCUCACACUGUACAGAGCAAUGAUUUGGCUGUGGAAGGCUGGGUCAGAAUGACACUAAUUGACUCUGGGGUUGAUCUAGAAAUGGAUCGCAAUUCCCCUGCUCAGACGUUGCAUGCAUCAACCAACGGUUGCGUGCCACAUCAUCGACUGUGCCGUCGGGCACCAGAUUGCUAUAACAUAUGUGGUUAGGUGAUAUGUAAAAUACCUAUCCAGGCAUAAGCUCUGGCAUGCGCCAGCAAUAGAGCUGACGUGAUUCCUUAUUCUACAGGUCAGAGAUGCAUGUUUGUUCUAUAUAGCAUCUUUCUAUCUGAACGUUCCAAAACGUUGCCUAGUGAUGAACGCAUCCCAGGUCACACACAUUUCAGUCUCCUCCAAGCAAUUGGUAAUGUUUAUGGGCGUGCCAAGGUUAAUAUAAUGAACAUGUAUGGAGUCCCCUGGUUUGUUAUGGAGACCCCAGCACCCAUGGGCUUCCUGAAAAUGUGAACCCAGGUCAGCAUGGGUUUAGUGUGCAGUGAAUGCGAGAUUAACGUGUCAGAAACAGAAAAUGUAGGACGUGAAUCAUAGCCUUGUAAACAGCAUGAGAGGGACUGAGAUUAUGUAUGUUUAGGCCUACUAUCCGAUAUAAAGAAAAUAGUUUAGUGUGUUGCCUAAUUAUAUUCUUAACAAUGUAUUGUCAUUAGUGUUUGGGAAGAUUGUCUAUCAUUGGGAAUGUAUGAAUAACCUUCUAGGGUGAAUUUGGAAUGCAUUUCCGUAUUCUGUAACCUCUUCAGACAUCUAUCCAACAUGUUAAUCCAACACAUGAUCUCUGAAAUCCUCAGAGUUUCCUAAUCCCACAAAAAGUGUUUUAUCUUCACAGGAGGCAUGGUUGACCACUGAGUCAACCAUAUUUUCAGUUUGCAUUUGGAAGACUGGGACAGCAGGAUCGAUGAACUGGGACACCAUUAUUGUAGUCCUAAUAGUUCCCGAAUGACAAUUCAAUUUUGUGUGAUUAUCUGGGAAUUUCAGAAAUAUAUCAUGUGUUGGACUAAUAUGUUGGAUAGAUGUCUGAAGAGGUUACAGAAGACAGAAAUCCAAACAGUAUCCCACUUUUUCUGAAUUCACUCAGAAAUUGUACACUACAAAAUGAGCAAUAUAUGCAGUACCAGUCAAACGUUUGGACACACCUACUCAUUCCAGGGUUUUUCUUUAUUUUUUAGUAUUUUCUACAUUGUAGAAUAAUAGUGAAGACAGCACAACUAUGGAAUCGUGUAGUAACCAGUGUUAAACAAAUCUAAAUAUAUUUUAUAUUUGAGAUUGUUCAAAGUAGCCACCCUUUGCCUUGAUGACAUAUUUGCACACUUUGCACACUGGCAUUCUCUCAACCAGCUUCAUGAGGUAGUCACCUGGAAUGCAUUUCAAAUAACAGGAGUGCCUUGCUAAAAGUUAAUUUGGGAAUUUCCUUCCUUAAUGCAUUUGAGCCAAUCAGUUGUGUUGUGACAAGGUAGGGUUGGUAUACAGAAGAUAGCCCUAUUUGUUAAAAGACCAAGUCCAUAUUAUGACAAGAACAAUUAAAAUAAGCAAAGAGAAAUUACAGUCCAUCAUUACUUUUAGACAUGAAGGUCAGUCAAUGGGGAACAUUUCAAGAACUUGAAAUGUGCAGUUGCAAAAACCACCAAGUGCUAUGAUGAAACUGGCUCUCAUGAGGACCACCACAGGAAAGGAAGAACCAGAGUUACCUCUGCUGCAGAGGACAAGUUCAUUAGUGUUACCAGCCUCAGAAAUUGCGGCCCAAAUAAAUGCUUCACAGAGUUCAAGUAACAGACACAUCUCAACAUCAACUGUUCAGAGGAGACUGCGUGAAUCAGGCCUUCAUGGUUGAAUUGCUGCAAAGAAACCACUAUGAAAGGACACCAAUAAGAAGAAGAGACUUGCUUGGGCUAAGAAACACGAGCAAUGGACAUUAGACCGGUGGAAAUCUGUUCUUUGGUCUGAUGAGUCCAAAUUUGAGAUUUUUGGUUCCAACUGCCGUGUCUUUGUGAGAGACAGAGUAGGUGAACGAAUGAUCUCCGUAUGUGUUGUUCACACCGUGAAGCAUGGAGAAGGUGUGAUGUUGUCGGGUUGCUUUGCUGGUGACACUGUCAGAGAUUUAUUUAGAAUGCCAACAGCAAUGGCUACCACAGCAUUCUGCAGCGAUAUGCCAUCCCAUCUGGUUUGCGCUGAGUGGGACUAUCAUUUGUUUUUCAAAAGGACAAUGACCCAACACACCUCCAGGCUAUGUAAGAACUAUUUGACCAAGAAGGAGAGUGAUGGAGUGCUGCAUCAGACGACCUGGCCUCCACAAUCACCCGACCUCAAACCAAUUGAGAUGGUUUGGGAUGAGUUGGACUGAAAGAGUGGAGGAAAAGCAGCCAACAAGUGCUCAGCAUAUGUUGGAACACCUUCAAGACUGUUGGAAAAGUAUUCCAGGUGAAGCUGGUUGAGAGAAUGCCAAAUGUGCAAAUCAGUUAUCAAGGCAAAGGGUGGCUACUUUUUAAACUGAUUUGUUUAACAUUGAUGUCUUCAUUACUAUUCUACAAUGUAGAAAAUAGUAAAAAUAAACCAAAUCCCUU